AUGUCUUUCCUUCAUACCCAUUCGAGCGAGUGUUUGAAGAGUGAACUCGAUCUCUUCGCUUUACCGCCUACCCAGACUAGUAUCGAGAGUGCUCAAUGGAUUUAUUACAAGCCCGUAACAUCGCUCGCAGACGACGCACCAAUAGAAUUUGUUAUACCCGGUCAUGGAGAAGACUACCUGGAUCUCACGCACACUAUGCUAAGUCUCCGUAUACGUGUAGAAACGGAAACAAAUACCGGCACCGCCGCCGCAGCCGCCGCGGCGCCCAAAGUAGGCCCUGUAAAUCAACUGCUGCAUUCCAUGUUCAAUCAAAUCGACGUGUAUUUCAAUAAAAAACUCGUGUCACCUCCAAACAACGCUUACGCUUACCGCGCAUACAUCGAGGCGUUAUUAAAUUAUGCUUCACCCGCAAAAACUUCCCAUCUCACCUCUUGUCUGUGGGACACGGAUACUCCCGGUUUCAUGGACGAGCCGGUAGAUUCGCCAACGAAUCAGGCUCUCGUAAGACGCGCUCGUUACAUUCAAGGAGGACGCGCGUUCUCAUAG